AUGGUAUCGGCUGGUACAUCUCAUACCAGUAGUAAAACGGAACCUCAGGGUAUACAUUCUAUUCCGGUAAAGUUUCCGGCCAAUAUGUUUCGUCAGAUUUCCGGUAAAGUAUCCGCCCGGAAUGCUAGAACUAGAAUUUGUGGCUUUGUUUUGUUGGAGCCUCUCUACAGCAACCGUAGAAGCCAUAACAAGGUGCAUCACCUUCAGAACCGGAGAGCGGAGCCGAAGAGCAGAGCCACGACGGCGAAAACAGAGACGAAUGAAGGAGAGAACGAGCCGGAUCCCGACGUAGGACUUGGAGCUGGAGCCUCGGCAGCCAUGGCGGAAGCCAUUAGAGCAAAAACAACUAGGGAAAGAAGCAUCAGAAAAUUCAUUGAGGAAGCCAUUAGUGAAGAUGGUGACAUUAUAGAUUGCAUUGACAUUUACAAGCAACCUUCAUUGGAUCAUCCUUCUUUGAAGAAUCACAUCAUCCAGUUGGCACCCAGUUAUAAUCCAAACAUGGAGGAAAUUCAGACAAGUGAACAACCUUUGAGGAGUGUAACAUCUCAAGUAUGGCAGAAAAGUGGAAGCUGUCCCAAAGGAACAAUCCCAGUAGUUCGAAGAACCCAUAAUGAUGAUGAGUUAUUAUCUAACUCAAGGAAGAAGAGUCCAUUGACCGUACAUCAAAGGAACCAUUCGAAGGCAAUAUUGUUGACGGAAGGGUAUAACUAUGCGGGAGUGAAAGCAGAUAUCAAAGUAUGGAACCCUCAUGUUGAAUCCGACGAUGAAUAUUCCACCUCUAGAAUCAGCCUCCGAAGUGGUCCUUGGUAUGAUUUUGAGAGCGUUGAAGUUGGUUGGGCGGUGAAUCCUGGUGUGUAUGGAGAUAGACAAACUCGAUUAUUUGCUUAUUGGACAGUUGAUGCAUCAAAGAAAACAGGGUGUUUUGAUCUAACAUGCCCCGGAUUUGUUCAGACAAGCCAUGAAAUUGCUCUUGGUGCAGCCAUUUACCCUAUCUCCGUCUUCCGAGGUCUCCCAUAUCAGAUAACUCUCUUUAUAUUUAAGGAUCCAAACACAAACAAUCUAUGGGUACAAUACGGUGAAAGAACCAACAUAGGGUAUUGGCCACCGAAGCUGUUCACAACACUGACCUACGGUGCGGAAUGUGCCGAGUGGGGCGGCGAUGUUUACAGCUCAAAGUUGGAGCAAGUUCCCCACACGGAAACACAAAUGGGCAACGGUAAUUUCCCGGAUUAUAUCGACGGGAAUUCAGGGUAUAUGAAAAGAAUGAGGAUUCUCGACAUAUCGCUCAACUUGAAAUUCCCGGAAUGGGUGGGCACUUAUGCAGAUGAAUAUUGGUGUUAUCAAUCUCAAUAUGUUUCGGAUUAUGUUGUAGAUCCUGAGUUUUAUUUUGGUGGCCCUGGAAGGAAUGAAAUGGAUAGUGAGGAAAUUGAAUGUGUUGUUUCUUUGCUUCCAGAACUUGGAUUAGUAAAUGGAAAAGCUAAAUUUAAAGAUGUUGAAGAGAAAUUAAAGCAGCUUAACAAGCCUGCAGUGAAGAUCAUACAGAGUGAAGAUGGGGAUAUCAUUGACUGCGUCGAAAUCUAUAAACAACCUGCUUUUGAUCACCCUGCAUUAAGGAAUCACGUUAUCCAGAUGAAACCCAGUUUCGAUUUAAAAGAAGUGAAAAUCAACUCGAAAAAUGAGUCGUCGAAACUAACUGUGUUUCAAACAUGGCAAAAAAGCGGAAGCUGUCCGGAAGGAACUGUCUCGAUUCGAAGGAUUCGAAGAGAGGAUUUACUAAGAGCAAACUCUGUCCAACAGUUUGGAAGAAAACCUCAAGAAGUUGUCUUGAAAUCAAACACAACAAUAGAACAUAAAGAUGGCCAAUCUCCAUUUUUUAACAACACUAAAUUCACAAUUGUUAAUCGAUCCGUAAGCAUAUAUUUCAGGUUUGCAGCAACUCUUGUUACAGUUGGAUACAAUUACAUAGGAGCUAAAGCGGAUAUCAAUGUUUGGACUCCAAAUGUUGAAUCUGAAGAUGAGUUCACUACUGCUCAAAUUUGGCUUAAAGCUGGCCCUGGUGAUAAUUUUGAAAGCUUGGAAUCCGGAUGGAUGGUAAACCCACAAUUAUAUGGUGACAAAAAGACUAGAUUUUUUGCACAUUGGACUAAAGAUUCAUACAAGACAACAGGUUGCUUUGACCUCCAUUGCAGUGGCUUCGUUCAAACAAGCUCCAAAGUUGCCUUUGGUGGAGCCCUUGAGCCUGUCUCCACUGAGUUUGGUCAACAGUAUUAUAUCAAUGUUGGCAUAUUUAUGGAUCCAAACACGAACAAUUGGUGGCUAAAAAUUGGGAAAGAUAUACCAGUUGGGUAUUGGCCAGCAUCAACACUACUAUUUUACUUGAAUCAUAGUUCAACGCUGGUUGAAUGGGGUGGACAAGUUUAUAGCUCAAAUGUGAAGAAAAAGCCACACACAAAGACCGGCAUGGGAAGUGGCCAAUUUGCUUCUGGUCUAAGAGGGAAUGCAUGUUACAUGGAUAAUAUUGCCAUUGUUGAUUUCUCAAUGCAACUCAAGUAUCCACGGUGGGUAGGCACUUGGGCUGAUGAACAGUAUUGCUACACUGCUUUGAAUUACCAAGAAGGAUAUGGAACUUUACCGGUUUUUUACUUUGGGGGACCUGGUCAAAAUUUUAAUUGUCCCUAGAGCCAACCCUAAGGCUCAGGUGUUCACUUUUUUUUAGAAAUUGUCUAAGUUUGGAUCAUUGUGGUGUGUUAGUAGUGAUUUGUUUUU